GUGACCAGCAAUAUUUAAUAUAAACAUGAACACACUUGCCAAUAUUUUCAGGAGAUCGAGUAGGCCUUCUCUGUACACGACUACCGCAGUGACCAGGAAACCGAAGAAGAAAGGCGGCAAGGCCAAGGGAGGAGCCGGGCCUGUGAGUGAUGAUAUCGUGAAUAUAUUCAAAGAGAGGGAAGACCCAAUCAUUUUGCCAUCUGAGUACUACCCUCAGUGGAUAUUUCAGCAUCUGGACAAACCAAUCUCUUCGGAAGAAGUACUUGACCAUAUUAAAUACGGAAGGUAUGUUCCUUCCGGAGAUAUGACGUAUACGUUGAUGAGGUCCCUCCAGAGAUCCAAAAUUCGCCUUCAGAAUGACUAUGGAGGUGAAGAAGAAGUUUAUGACUCUGAUGAAGACUGGAGAGAACCUGAUGAUGGAGAGGUAGCAUUUAUUAUGAAUAAGGAAGCCCAAGAAGCUAAAGCUCUACUAGGAUCAGAUGAGGAGGAGGAGGAAGAAUAA